GCCCUUUACAACCAAGCAACAGUGUUUUUCUUCACCAACUUUCCAGAUGGCUGGACCUAUGAACAAAUGUGGAAGACCUUUCUCAAGUUCGGACGUGUAUUUGCCAUAUAUAGCCCCCAGAGAAAGAACAAGGAAGGAAGCAGGUUUGGGUUUGUGCGCUUCCUGGACGUCAAGGAUGAGAGGAGCCUAGGGAGACAGUUAGAUCAGAUCUGGAUUGGAAACCAAAAGCUCAAAAUCCACCCUCCUCAUUUUAACACUCAAAUAACAUCGGUACACCCCAAACACCAUACCAACACUGCAAGGAACCCAAAACCAAGCUACGCGGAGGUAGUAAAAGGCAUUGGAAGUAGAGGUGACAAUUGGACAACCAAUAGAGAUAUCAAACCUGUCCAACACGGGAUCACAAACAACAGUGGCAAAACAGAACAAAAAUGGGUAGAGAAGCGGAGGGAAUUGCAUUGGACUGGACUUGAGUUCAACCCGAGGCAUGAAGACUGGGAAUGGCUUGAGGGAUGCUUUGUUGGAACAGCCAGAUCAAUAAAGAUUGUGCCCAUACUUCAAGAAAGACUAUACAUGGAGGGGCUUUUCUCAAUCAAGCUUCAAGCAAUGGGUGGGAAACUUGUCCUUAUGGACUGUGAUGAUAAAGAGGAAUUGAAAGAACUGUGCUAUGGAGUUCCUCUUCAUGCAUGGGGUCCUGACCUCCUCAUCUCAAUUGCAAAUCUAUGGGGGAAUUUUAUCACCCUAGAUGAAAGCACUAGCUCUAAAAAGAGGUUUGAUGUUGCAAGGUUUUUGAUCUCCACAUCAGAAACAGGCCUAAUCUCUAAAACUCUUACAUACAAAAUUAACGGCCACAUGUACUGCAUAAAAUGCAAAGAGGAGGAGACAACAAAUGGAUGCUUCUUUUUAAAAGCAGACUUCCAACCAAUCUCCCCAUCAAACUCUGAGGAAGAUUGUAGUGAAUCUUGGUCCUCCGAUUAUCCGUCUGAAGACACUCAAAGAUUUGGCCAGAAUGGAGUCAUGCAUAGCGGUGACUCUAACCCGGCAUCCAGUGAAGAUGAAGAUGAUGUGGCACUAAAGGACAGCCAGGCAAUGGGGAAGUCAACUAGGGUGAGGAUUUCGAAGGAUCUUUCAGAUUGGAACAGUGCAAAUAAUAAAUUCAACUGGCAAGAAAGGACAGCUAUUUGUUCCCAAGAAAGGCAUGAGGAGGGAUGUUCAAUAGACGUAGUUGGUGAUAGCCUGACAUCGUCGAAAAAUUCAAAUGAUUUCAAAAUUUUGAAUGGGGAUGGUGUUUCAUCACUCAAUAGCCUAGCGAAUCUGGAAAAUAAUUCCAAGAGUAAGGCUGAUCUUGAGCAGCGAUUGGAAGAGGACUCAGAUAGUGCUAUUGAAAACUACAACAGAGGGUUUCAUAAUAAGGAUAGAGUCACUUCAACUCUAGAUGCGUGGAAUCUCAUCAAGGAUAUGGGUUUGGCUGCUGAUGGGAAUGAAGAUGAAAUCAUCAAGAAGAUUGAGUUGACGGAGCAGAGGGACAUUAAUGCUAAAAAACAAGCACUGGAAAGGAAUACGGUGAACGAUUGUGAGGAGUCAAAAUUAGAACAAGUUAGUCGUCAAACUUGUAGAGCUUUAUGGGGUACAGAUGAUUUUGAAUUUGCAGCUAUGCCUUCUGUUGGUCGUUCGGGUGGAUUGAUUUGUGUUUGGGAUAACAAUAUUUUACAGUUGAAUAGAAUUUUUAGUGGAGAACACUACUUGGGUUUGUUUGGUUUUUGGGGAACAAACAGGACGCCAGUGCACCUUAUAAAUGUCUAUGGCCCUUGUAAUUUGGUAGGAAGGAGACAGUUGUGGACUGAGCUAAAAACUCUAAUUACAAGUAUGAAGGGUAACUGGUGUGUGAUGGGAGAUUUUAACACCACAAAGAAUAGUCAGGAAAGAAUUGGACGCACUCGUGUGUCAAGAAGCAUGUGGGAUUUUGCAAACUUUAUUCAUGAAUCUGGGUUGGUGGAUAUCCCUUUAAUUGGAAGAAAGUACACAUGGUACCACUCAAGCAGCAACUCUAUGAGUCGAUUAGAUCGAUUCUUGAUGACAGAGGAAUGGUUAACAAACUGGAGUGAAACAAGGCAGUGGGAUACAUGGAGAACAGUUGAUGUUCAAGGAUUGAAAGGCUACUGUCUUAAGGAGAAAAUCAAGCUUGUAAAGAAAAGGCUUAAGAAUCAAGCGACAGGAAAAUUGAAUUUUAGCAGUAGUGUGGAAUUGUGGAGACAGAAAGCUAGGAAACAAUGGUUGAGAGAAGGAGACGCAAAUUCCAAAUUCUACCACAAAGGUAUUAGCAGCAGACAACGCAGGAAACAGAUUGUCAGUCUCCAGGUAAAUGGGAAGAAAUUAGAAGAUGUUGAUAAUAUCAAAAAUGGCAUAUUAGAGUACUUCGAAAAUCUGUUUAAAAAAGAAGAAUGGAAAAGGCCGAAUAUGGAUGGCAUUUCUUUCAAACAAAUUUCCCAAGCCCAGAAUGAUCUACUUGUUAUGCCAUUUAGUGAAGAUGAAAUCAAAGCAGCAGUGUGGGAUUGUGGGAGUGACAAGGCUCCAGGACCUGACGGUUUCAAUUUCACUUUCUUCAAGAAAAUGUGGAGUGAAAUAAAGGAUGAUAUAGUGGAAUUUGUCCAGGAAUUUCACAAGAAUGGGAAGUUAGUAAAAGGCUUGAAUGUUUCUUUCUUAACAUUGAUUCCAAAAGUGAAGAAUCCACAGAGAAUUGAGGAGUUUAGGCCUAUUUCACUCAUUGGCUCCCUGUACAAAAUUGUUGCUAAAUUGCUUACUAAUAGGCUGUACUCAGUAAUAGCUGACAUUAUCGGGGAACAUCAGUUGGCCUUCAUUGAAGGUAGGCAUCUAUGUGUAGGAGUUGUCACAGCAAAUGAAAUUAUUGAUGAAGCUAAGAGGAAAAAGAAGAAGAGCUUUGUUUUCAAAGUAGACUUCGAGAAGGCUUUCGACAAGGUGAAUUGGAACUUCCUUGAUUAUAUGAUGAUGAGACUUGGGUUUACUAAAAUAUGGAGAAAAUGGAUCAUGGAGUGUCUUCAAACGAGUUUAUUGUCGGUGUUGGUCAACGGUAGCCCAUCUAAACAGUUUCCUGUCUCAAGGGGAUUAAAGCAAGGAGAUCCAUUGUCUCCCUUCCUAUUCCUGAUCGUUGCAGAAGGAUUGAACAAAAUAAUCAAUACUGCAAUUGACAGGGGAUUGUAUGAAGGAAUAAAAGUGGGGAAUUCGGGCAUGCGAUGCUCUCACAUCCAAUUUGCAGAUGACACAAUCAUUUUUGGGGAAGCUUUUGAAAAAAACAUCCAGGUUGUGAAGUGCAUUAUGAGAGCUUUUGAGCUUGCCUCAGUUUUGCCCUUUAAAUACUUGGGAGUCCCAGUGGGGGGAAAUCACAGAAAACUUAGCAUGUGGCUACCAUUAAUUGAAUCUUUUAAGAAGAAGUUGCUGAACUGGAAGGCUCGUUGGUUAUCUUUCGAAGGCAGAAUUACCCUCCUCAACUCUGUGCUCACAUCGCUCCCAGUCCUCUUCUUGUCCGUCUAUCUCGCUCCCAAAGUCUGUAUUAGUAAAAGGGAUGGAGAGCUUGGGGUUAAGGAUCUUAGACUUUUUAAUCAGGCAUUACUUGGAAAGUGGUGGGGUAGAUUGGCCAAGGGUUCUCCUGGGUUGCUUUUUAACUUGAUUAAAGAAAAAUAUGGGUAUGAGGGUGGAAAUUGGUGUAACUGGGUAAAAGAAAGGAAGAGCGCAGGGUCAAAUUGGUGGAAGGAUUUGUGCAGGCUAGAUGUACUAGAGGAGAAUAGAAGGGGUUGGCUAUCUGGGGGCUUCCAAAUUAGGAUCGGUAAUGGAGAGAAAGUUAGUUUUUGGAAGGAUUCAUGGAGUAAUAUUGGAGUGCUUGCUAAUGUUUUUCCGAGAUUAUAUAUGCUUUCUACAGGGAAAGACAACACAAUUGAUGAGAUGGGUAGAUGGGAAGACAACAAAUGGGUUUGGAACCUUCCUUGGAGACGCACCCCACACUCUUGGGAGCAAGAUUCCAUGCAAGAUUUCAACAAGCUUCUCAAGGAGACCAACCUGACCAUAGGGAAGGAAGACACUUGGACCUAGGAACAAGAUAAGUUGGGUGAUUACUUUACAAGUUCAGGAUACACUGCUUUGGUCCAACAUCAACCCUCACCAUACCGACAAGUUUUUGAGAAGAUUUGGAACCCCUUUAUUCCUCACAAAGUUUGUGGAUUCACUUGGUUACUACUACUUGACAGGAUUCCCUCAAAAUUCAACUUGUUGAAAAGGGGAUUAAUUAAGUAGAUGGAGGCUGUUAAGUGUAGCCUUUGUGGACGGAAUGUGGAAGACAGCAACCAUCUUUUUCUCCACUGCUCAGUUACUGCAAAAAUCUUGUCAAUGUGCUUCAAAUGGUGGGGCUUCUCCACUGCCAUUGCUGGUUCAUGUUGGGAUUCUUUCAUCCAACAUGAAUCCUUAGCUACUAAAAGUAGUGAACGGUUGGGUUGGAUUAUAGUGUGGUUUUCUCUUGUCUGGACCAUCUGGACUACCAGGAAUGAGGUAAUCUUUAGAGGUAAAUCAAUGGAUUUGACAAAGACUUUCGAUCAAGUUCAGGCUCAAGCCUUCCUCUGGGUCAAGAGCAAAGGAAAGGAAGUACAUUUCUGCUUCUCUGAUUGGAUCUUAAACCCCAGGUGCUGCAAGUUUUUGUAAAUGGGUCUCCCAACACUAUACUGUUUUUUGGUUCUUCAUUCUAUCAGGGAUUGAUUAACGUAUACGGGUUUGGGUACCCCUUGUACUCAUUUAAUUAAAUCUUUUGCUUUUC